UCAUCUUUGAAGUUCUAACAAACGAUAGUAAUGGGCAACACAGCACCUUAUGUUGUUUCAUUUCUCUUAAGGUUUAUCUAUGGAGUUAUGCAUAUACUUACCAAAGCUGCUUUUAACCAAGGUACAAGUACAUAUGUUCUUAAUUUCUACAGGCAUGCAAUAGCCACAAUGUUCUUACUGCCCAUUGCUUUUGCGAUUGAAAGGAAAACUGCCCCACAAAUGUCAUACAAACUCUGUGUGAAGCUAUUUGUGCAUGCAUUAUAUGGGAUGUCUGCUCCUUUUAACAUAUCAUGUGUUGGCCUCAAAUAUGCUUCAGCAGCUUCUGCUUCUGCAGUAAUAAAUCUCCUGCCAGUUUUAACUUUUAUUUUGGCUCUUCUGUUGGGAAUGGAGUCUUUGCAAUUAAAGCGCUUCCAUGGGAUUAUGAAAGUUUCUGGUAUAGUGCUCUGUGCGGCUGGUGUUACUGUCCUAACGCUAUACCAAGGACCGGAGCUCAAAUCUAUUGUCCAUUACCCUCUUUUUCACCACGCUAGUCAAGUUGAUACUCAUCCCUCAAGGAGCUGGAUAUUGGGAAUUCUCCUGCAGUCUCUUGCGACUGUAUUGUUUGCUCUAUGGACAGUGUUUCAGGGCCCAUUGCUGGAGGAGUAUCCAUCCAUACUGCUUAACACUAGCCUUCAGAUUGUCUUUGCGACUGUUCAAUCUUUUUUUAUGGCUCUAGCCAUGGAGAGAGACUUUUCAAGAUGGAAGCUGAGCUUGGAUGUAGGUCUUGUCGCCAUCGUCUAUUGUGGCGUAUUUGUUUCCGCACUGGUAAAUUACCUGCAAAUCUGGGUAAUCGGCAGGUGCGGCCCAGUAUUCCUGUCCAUGACAGUACCCCUAACUUUGGUUAUCACGGUCAUUCUGUCACUACUCAUAGGAGAACCGGUCAGCCUUGGAAGUGUAAUAAGUGGCGCGCUCAUGGUUGCUGGCCUGUACAAUGUUCUCUGGGGGAAGAGAAUAGAGCAAGUAGCUCUCUGCAAGCAAGGAGGUAGCGGAGAAAAUGGAUCAUGCUUAGAUUUGGAGGAACAAGAAAGCGGUGCACCAGUUCCAGCAACGCGGGAUUCAAUCAAGCCAGUACCAGGUUUGAUGGAGAGGACUGAUGCACCCAAAUGAAACGGUGAGCAGCAAACAUUGUUAGGUGUAGAAGAGCUUUUGCCUUUGGGUCUGCCCACCCGAAGCUGUUCACAUAUCUGUAAUACUCCCUCCAUUUUUAUUUGCUCCGUACAUUAGCUUUGACCAAAGUCAAACUUUAUAAGG